UGUGGCGUUGUGACGCUGCUGUGAGGCGGAGUCAGAGUCAGACAGGUUUCACAGGUGUGUACAUCCACAACAACACAAGAACCCUGAGCGAAACCCAGACAAAUCACCGCUGACUUCGUUCAUUUCAGUAAAAGGCAAUGCCAGAAUCAAGCCGGCUUCAUCACUCAAGAGACAAAGACUACCCUAGUCGAGACAGGAGAGAUGAAGGUGGACCCGAGGACAGGAGAGCACCUGAUGGAGACGACAGAUCACGAAGCCACCGAGAAAAGCAAAGAUACGCUGACACACAAAGGGACCCCCGUGUGUACGAGGCCACCCGUUGUCAUAGUCGGGGAGUGCCCAGUUACACCGAGACAUCAUCUUCAUACUAUGAUGACAGUCAACCCUAUCAUCAUAAAGGGGCACUUUACAACCUAAGAUACAUUACAACAAGCAGAGGCAUCUGUCAGGCCAUGGAAUUCUUCUUAGGCUUGUUGCUUGUCAUCUGUGCUGGAGUGAACCACAGUAACUCGGGUCGGUAUCGGGAUAUCGCCAGCUUAGGCGGUUUGUACCAGUACUAUUACGGAGGAGCCAACGCAUUCACCGGAGCAGAGGCGCAGAAGGUCCAGCAGCUCGACGACCAGUUCUACCAACUCAAACUGCCCCCUUACGUCUACAGCAUGGCGUGUGGCGGGGCGCUGAUGCUUUACGCUUGUGCCACGCUGGCCCUCGGAGUGUUUCGCGUGCCCUACCGUUUCCCUCCUCUGCUGCUGGCUGAAGCCCUGCUGGAUGUGCUCAUAGGUCUCGGUUUUAUUCCUGCCGUCGCUUUCUAUUUCAUAAAGCUGCAGGAGAUCUACAACAACCCCAUCUGUAAAGAGAGGGAAGCCAUGUACAGCAGCAAAGGUCACAGAGGAUUCGAGUGCAAUCUCAACGGGGCAGACAUAGCUGGAGGCUUGUUUGGUGUUCUGGGGAUUAUUAUAUUCCCUGUAAGCGCCGUGUUGGCCAUCAGAGGCUUCAUACGAGUGCGGAAGAUGAAGCAGAGGCCGACAGAAGACAACAACCUGUGAGGGUUACGCCAUUUCAUGAAGAGAUUCAACCGUGGAAAGCACGGAAGGUCCUACACAAGUGUAAAUGCUUUGGUUAGUAUUUUUACAGUAUCAGAAGGAUAUAUAUUUUUCUAUUUUGUAUGCCUUUGCUUUCUCUUAAGAGUUUUUAUGGACUUUUUAUUUAUUUAUUUUUUACUUUUUUUCAUAUAUUCUUCACAAACAUCCAUCAGAUUUGAUUCAUCAAUUAAAAAGAAACACAAUAUAUUGAGUGAGAUGAUUUACACAAAAUUAAUUAGUGUUUCUGCAGGUCUUAAAAAUGUCUUUAAAAGUCUUAAUUCACCUGUCCACAAUUUAGGGCCUUAAAAAGGUCUUCAAUCAGAGCAGAAGGUUUUAAAUUCAUAAAAUCAUGGCAUUAAAUGUUGCAUUCG